CUUUUCUCCUUUUUAAGUGUUCUAGUUUGGACAAUAUAUUAUGUGGUUACCAUAAUUAAUAACCUGGCAUCUUUAGGAGAGGUGAGAUACACAGCCAACUUGUAGCUCGCUUUGAGGUUACAGGUAAUCUCAAAGUUCCCUAGUGACCCAGUGGGAUGAAGAUGUCACCGAGAGAACCACUGAGCUCGCCAAAAGGUUGCUGUGACGUGCAAGUUAAAUCCUGUGCAAGAGAGACUGCAUUACACUGAGGAGCGGGAACACUUAACUCACAAAACCGUUUGCUGUACUACGGAAGGACAUAUAGAAGAACAACACGCUUCACCAUGCGCUUUUUUACUUCUUCUCGUGGUCUGAUUGGUCAAUUUGGAAAGAGAGCAUUGGCGUUGUGACCCGCCUCUUUCUUUCCUCUUAGGGAGGAGCUGCCCACAGGAAGUGCCCAGUUAGCUCCGCCCUCCAGGCUGUAAGGUUCCCGGGCACCGGUUUUACCUCUGCGCCAUCAUCGCCGUCGUGGCCGAGGCGGUUGGGUGCUGCCUGUGGCAUCGUUGUGCUAGAUGAAGUGCACUAUGCGAGGAGACUAAAGGAGUGGAAACCAGACUUUGCAGUUGAGGAAUAAAACAAAGGGACAGCAUGGCAAAUAAAAUCCCAUAUAAGGUAGUCCUGAGAAGUAAAAGUCAAUAUCCAGUCCUCUAGUGCUGAGCUGAGGAGUCUGAAUCUUGAACUUCCUGAGAAGAGCGUCUGGGCUUCAACGUUCUUACCAGGCAACAUUUGCCAUUUGAGGACAUGAACUCACAAGUUGUCCACUCUGUUACUUUUCCCUCCUGACAUAACCGCUCAGUACUGUGAUCCGCCUUUUUAUUUGUUCAGGUCUCUUUGCAAGGAAGUAGACCAGCAGCUGCAAUCAGCUGCAGUCCUAUCACACCUUCAUGAUGUUUCUCUUGACCAGAAAUGCACUAAGAAGGUUCAAGAUUCGAAGCAUUCAACAAAUUAGACAAAGCCAUGAAAAACACUCACCAGAUUUUCAUGACAAAUAUGGUAAUAUUGUGCUGGCCAGUGGAAGUGCUUUCUGUGUUGUUGCAUGGGUGUUUACAGCCACACAGAUUGGAAUAGAAUGGAACCUGUCUCCUGUUGGCAGAGUCACCCCAGAAGAGUGGAAUGAUAAAUAACCAUCCAAGUUACUGUAAUACAAAAUUGUUCCCAAGUCGACUUGUUGUUUAAGCACUCUGCUUCUCAUUAAAAUAUAGCAUAAUUAAAGAAAUAAAAUACAUUUGAAACCUUCAAAAA